CUUCUCCCCUCCUCCCAUGGGACACACCAUGUAGAGAUGCAUGCUGGCCCUAGCAAUUGGUCACUUUGAGAUGCAUGUGGGGUCGUGGCAGCCGGGGGGGCCGUGGCAGCCGGGGAGCCCACCUGAGGGUGUCGCUGAGCCUGUUUAUCCGUAUGUUUGGAGAAGCUGAUGAGAAAGCAACCAGUGAGAUGAAUACUGCAGAGGAUUGGGGCCUCAUCUUAGAUAUUUGUGAUAAAGUUGGGCAGUCGCGCACAGGGCCUAAGGAUUGCCUUCGGUCUAUUAUGAAGAGAGUGAACCAUAAGGAUCCUCAUGUUGCUAUGCAGGCACUGACACUUCUAGGAGCAUGCGUAUCAAAUUGUGGUAAAAUCUUUCAUUUGGAAGUGUGUUCGAGAGAUUUUGCUAGUGAAGUAAGCAAUGUAUUGAAUAAGGGUCAUCCAAAAGUCUGUGAAAAGCUUAAAGCUCUCAUGGUGGAAUGGACAGAUGAAUUCAAAAAUGACCCACAACUUAGUUUAAUCUCUGCUAUGAUAAAAAAUCUUAAGGAGCAAGGAGUUACAUUUCCAGCUGUUGGUUCACAGGCUGCAGAACAGGCAAAAGCCAGCCCAGCUCUAGCAGCCAAAGAUCCUGGUACAGCAGCUAACAAAAAGGAAGAGGAAGAUUUAGCAAAAGCAAUUGAAUUGUCCCUAAAAGAACAAAGGCAACAACAAACAACACUUUCCAGUUUGUAUCCAAGCACUUCAAGCCUCUUAACAAAUCACAAACAUGAAGGCCGAAAGGUUCGCGCUAUCUAUGAUUUUGAAGCUGCUGAAGAUAAUGAAUUAACUUUUAAAGCUGGAGAACUUAUAACAGUACUUGAUGACAGUGAUCCAAACUGGUGGAAAGGUGAAACCCACCAAGGAAUAGGAUUAUUUCCCUCUAAUUUUGGAACCAGAAAUGAUGGUUCCAUAUGUUUUACAGUGAAAGCGGAGAAGAAAACAGUACAGUUCAGUGAUGAAGUUCAAGUAGAGACAAUAGAACCUGAGCCUGAACCAGUUUAUAUUGAUGAAGAUAAAAUGGACCAACUGCUACAGAUGUUACAAAGUGCGGAUCCAGCUGAUGAUCAACCAGAUCUCCCAGAGCGGCUUCAUCUUGAAGCCAUAUGCCACCAAAUGGGACCUCUCAUUGAUGAAAAGCUAGAAGAUAUUGACAGGAAACAUUCAGAACUUUCAGAGCUCAAUGUUAAGGUUAUGGAGGCUCUUUCAUUAUAUACCAAGUUGAUGAAUGAAGACCCAGUGUAUUCCAUGUAUGCAAAACUACCGAACCAACAGUAUUAUAUGCAACCUUCUGGUGUUUCUGGCUCUCAGGUCUACCCAGGGCAAGCUCAAAGUAGUACCUAUUUGGUGACAGGGAGUGCACAGUUGGGCCAUAUCCAAGGCUAUAAUCUUCCUCAAGAGCAACUUCCUUCUCUUAACCAAGGCACAGUUCCUCCAUCUGCGAGCUCAGGACUGCCUGGUCAGCCAGCUCAGACAUCUUAUGCUAAUGCAAUGGUCAGCUCUGUUCCUGGAAACACGUAUUCCAACCAGGCUUCAGUGUACAGUCCACCUCCUGCUACUGUUGAUGCUGCUUACCAGAAUGCUGGAACUAGUGUGUCCCAGGUGCCAAAUUAUAACUUAGCAUCUUCAACUCUGCCUCCACCAGCAGGCAGUCAGCAACCACCGCCGUCACAGCAACAUACUUAUUCUCAGAAGGCACUACUAUAGGACCCAGGACUUCUAAUUCUUAAUCUUCUCUAACCUCUGCUAAAUGCAGUUGACAAUGUUAUAAGCUUCUUCCUUUAAUCCUUAAACAUUGUUUAUCCUUGGUUAAUAGGAAUCUACCCUGGUGAACAGGUUCAAUGAUUCAAUUUGCACUGACUUUUUAGGAUUUUUUUUUAAAUUUUGCAGAGGAACAAAAUACUUAGGACACUUAAUUCCUUUUAAAAGGCCUAAAAUUGGUACAAGAUUAUUUAUGUCUGGUAAGAUUGGCUCGUCUGUGAAAACUCAAAACCUGCAAACUUUUGUGUCAUAAAUGUUAUGUAUAUAAUAGUGUGUGAUUGAAAUAGUGGCCAUUUGAAAUAGCUAUGGUGAUCAUAUGAAUAUAUUUAACACUGUUAAAAUAUUUUACAUUACUGUUUUAUUUUAAUCAUGAACAGAUGACCAUGUUUCAUAGUUGUACCUACUUUUGUGAAGGAUGUGAUAUCCUUUUGCAAUGCAGAAAAAGUCUUAAAUCUGCAUAUCAUGGUUAAUAUUUACAUGCUAAAGUCUAUAUGUUAAUUUCCAAACGUAACUACAUUUAGGUUCCAUUCGUUGUAAAUUGCACUUAAGCAUAUCAUGGCUUCCUGUAGUUUGCAGACACUAGUAGCUGGCAUUAUCUACCAAAGUAAACUAGUUAACCUUUUAACGGUCUGGCUAGAUCACCACAAAUGAUGAUUCUGUUUUAGAAUAAUAAUUAUUUAAAACAACUAUUUACAGGCUGCUAAACAUAUCAUUGGACCAUGAAACUGAUUAGAAUCUUAGAACAUAUUGUUUAAAGCAUAUAAUGAUGUACUUUUCCAUUCUGGCUUUGUAUAACUAGGGUUCUGAACUGUAUUGUGUGUAUAUUGGUGAAGAUUACACCAAAGACCAAGAAACUGAGUUUGGAUGGGAAUUAAUGGAAUUUUUAAACUGGAACAAAAACAUGAAUACACUACAUUAUUUAUGGCUCUUGUAAUUAUUUAGGUCACACAUGAAGAGUUGUAUAUAGGAAUAGUCACUUGGCUGAGGAAAUCUUUACUUUUAUUGUAACUCUUGUGGCCUUGCUUAGCUAAAUUGUUCUGUUUACUAUUAUUACAAAAAACACUUUAGCCUUAAUCCAACAUCUCUUCUUACUUUCAUACAUUUUAGUUGUGUGAUGCCUUGUGGUUUUUUAAAAUUCCUUUCUUAGUAUGUAUAGGUUCUCAUUCAUCUUAUCAAGAUUCUUCUAUAAUUUUAACCCAGUUAUGAUCAUUUAAAUAUGAUGUGAACUUACACAGGUUGCCCUAUGUCUUACUCUUUGAGGCAUGAAACUCUGUAUGCCACUUAUAUACUCAGUGGAGGGGUAACAAUAAUAACACAGCAUUUUAGAGAGAUCUAAUCAACGCAUCCUGCACAAAAGUGUUUGUUUUGAUUUGUAGUCUAUUUCUGUUGAUGCAUCCUAGCAUCCCAUUUACCUUUUUAAUUCAGCCCAUUUUGUGUAGAUAACUUUAUAGGUCUCUCAAUAUAAAACCCACAUUUUAUUUUUGGUGAGCAUAAGUGCCAUAAUUAUUCAAUUUGGUAGUAUUUUCCAUUUUACUGUAUUGCUUCUGAUGUUUCAUUCAUAUACAUGUGUAACUGCUCAGUUACCUUGACUAGCCAAUAGUUUCUGAACCUGUUUGCAGUGUUCAUAGCUAUUUGCCAUAUAAUUGGCUUUGCCAUCAUUAGAAAACAAUAGUUGAUACCUUGUCUGUGAAUGUUGUCAACCAAAUGUCUUGUGUAAAUACUAAACAAGAUGGGUUGAAAACUUUCCUCCAACUUACAGCAUUCCAGGUUAAUGAUAUUUUUUCAGCUAGUGAAGCUUGACUAUAUUUAGCUGUUUCUUGUAAUUCCCUCCAACAAUCUAAUUAUCCUCAUAAGUGACAACUUCUUAGUAUAACCAGUUAAGUUUGUGGAAUUUAAGGAGGAACAUAAAACAAUGUUUUGCAAUCUUGUAUACCUUACAAUGCUUUAUUUCUUGAGGAAGACCUGUAACUAGGAUUAUGGGCUAUCCUCUGUGCAUAUUGGGCAAUUUAUUCCAAAAGGAGAGCAAUGAUUUUGAUGGAGAGGAGUAAAAUUUCUAAACAAACAAAAAACUCCUUCCAAUUCACAGUUUUUAGACCCUAAUUCAGGAUUAUAACCUAAGUGAACCUGUACUCAGAGAACCUGUGCCUAACUUUAACUAUGAACAUAGUCCCAUUGGUUUCAGUAGAACUGCUCAUGAGCUGAAAGUUAGGCACAUGCUUCACUACAUUCCCAAAUAAGGGCCUCAGGCUUUUGUAACUACUAAUAAGAAACAGUGGAAUUCUCUAUGGCCCAGCAAAACCAGAUUUUAAAGCCUUGUGCUGAAUACUGAUACUGUUCUCUUCCAUAAAAUCUAUAGUACAUCUGGCAUCUUUUGUCCUUUUUUCAAUUUAAAUUGUCUAUUAGAAUUUUCAUACAUUGGAAAAUAUAAACAAAUUUAUUCUGAAAACUUUUAGUGCAAGUCUGGGUUCAAUAAAGCACAGGUGUAGUGUUAUUUACCGAGCAUUGAAAAUCUAUAAUACGCAUUUUACAUGCUCCUAUCCUCCACCCUAUGUUUCAUGCAUAUUUAUUCACUUUUAAGUUUUAUGUCUCAAAUAGCUUUUGGCCAAGUGUGCACUUCAUUUUCCUCUCCCAGC